ACAAUGUCUUUUGUGUGUCCGCGUUGUUUGGGUCGCGGGGCCGCGGCUCCGCGCUGCCCGCCGCCCUCGGCCUGAGCACGGGAAGCGACGAGGAACAGCAACAACAACAACAUCACGACCACCGACAACUUGGCCACCCGCAGCAGCCGAGAGAAGCAGGAUAACGAGGAGGGAGUACGAGGAGCAGCAGGAGGAGGAGGUGGUGGUGGCGAGCAGCGAGCGACCAUGGCGGUGACAGCGGCAGCGGCGGCGGCGGCGGCCUUCGAUGAGUUCGUGGCGCCGCCGGAGUGCCCCGUGUUCGUGCCGACGUGGGAAGAGUUCUCCGACCCCAUGGGCUACAUCGCCAAGAUUCGCCCGUCGGCCGAGAAGACGGGGAUUUGCAAGAUCCGUCCCCCGCCGGACUGGCAGCCACCGUUUGCUGUGGACGUGGACAAGUUUCGUUUCACGCCCAGGAUUCAGCGGCUCAACGAGCUGGAGGCACAGACUCGGGUGAAGUUGAAUUUCUUGGACCAAAUCGCCAAGUUCUGGGAGCUGCAGGGCUCCACGUUGAAAAUCCCCAUCGUCGAGCGCAAGAUCCUUGACCUCUACAUGCUCAGCAAGGUGGUGUCGGAGGAAGGUGGCUUCGAGACGAGCUGCAAGGAGCGCAAGUGGUCGCGUGUAGCGGCCAAGAUGGGAUACCCGGCAGGGAAGGGAGCCGGAUCACUGCUCCGCUCUCACUACGAGCGCAUCCUGUACCCCUACGACCUCUUCCAGUCUGGAGUCAGCCUCUCCACCCUCUUAACCCUCUCCAAGCAGAAAAUCUCCCUCAGACUGGCAGUAGCUGAGUUUUGCACAAAAGAGGGGCUCUCCAAGCCGCAGUUUGAGAGCAACGACAAGGACAAGGAGUACAAGCCGCACAGCAUCCCGCUCCGACAGUCAUUACAGCCUCCCAAAACCGACAGCUAUGGUCGCCGUGCCAAGAGGCUCAAGCAAGAGCCGGACGUUGUAGAUACAGAGAUGCCCAAACUCCCGGAGCUGCGACGGAUGCAAGCCUACUGCUCGGGCAUGCGUGCCAGUGCUCAUGUGAGCGCCAACAAGGACAAGCUUGUCAAGGUCAAAGAAGAGGCGCGGGCGGUGGGCUCGAGGACUGAGCGCGCCUCCGAGGUGGCAGCGGCGGCGGCGGUGAAGGCGGGACGCGGGGUGCUGCCCUGCCGCAGCCCCGACCCUGAGGUAGGUGGCGCGGCGGAGAGCGGCUCUGGCAACGGAGGGGACGGCAGGACUCGCAUGCAGAUGCGACAGCGGACCGGCGCGCUCUCCGCACAGUUCAUUGAGAUGUACGUGUGCCUGGUGUGCGGACGCGGGGACGAGGAGGACAAGCUGCUGCUGUGCGACGGCUGUGAUGACAGCUACCACACCUUCUGCCUCAUCCCACCGCUGCAGGACGUGCCCAAGGGUGACUGGCGCUGCCCCAAGUGUGUGGCCGAGGAGUGCAGCAAACCCCAGGAGGCGUUUGGCUUUGAGCAGGCCACCAAGGAGUACACUCUGCAGACCUUCGGAGAGAUGGCAGAUGCCUUCAAGUCAGACUAUUUCAGCAUGCCCGUGCACAUGGUGCCCCCUGAGCUGGUGGAGAAAGAGUUCUGGCGGCUGGUCAGCACCAUCGAGGAGGACGUGACGGUGGAGUACGGUGCCGACAUCCACUCGGGCGAGUUUGGCAGCGGCUUUCCCGUGCGCGGAACCCGGCGGAAACUCACGCCAGAGGAGGAGGAAUAUGCACGUGCUGGCUGGAACCUCAACAACAUGCCAGUGCUGGCUGAGUCGGUCCUGGCGCAAAUCAACGCCGACAUCUCGGGCAUGAAGGUGCCCUGGCUGUACGUGGGCAUGUGCUUCUCUGCCUUCUGCUGGCAUAUUGAGGACCACUGGAGCUACUCCAUCAACUACCUGCACUGGGGUGAGCCCAAGACGUGGUACGGCGUUCCUGCUCACGCGGCCGAAAGUCUCGAGGAGGUAAUGAAGAAGCUGGCGCCGGAGCUGUUCGAGGCGCAGCCGGACCUGCUUCACCAGCUCGUCACCAUCAUGAACCCCAACCUGCUCAUGGCCCACGGCGUUCCCGUGGUGAGAACGAAUCAGUGCGCCGGCGAGUUCGUCAUCACGUUCCCGCGCUCGUACCACAGCGGAUUCAAUCAGGGCUACAACUUCGCUGAAGCGGUCAACUUUUGUACCGCUGACUGGCUGCCGACGGGGCGGCAGUGCGUGGAGCACUACCGCCGGCUGCACCGCUACUGCGUCUUCUCGCACGAUGAGCUCAUCUGCAAGAUGGCGGCGGAGCCCGACGGGCUGGACCUCCCGAUGGCCGCGUCCGUGCACAGGGACAUGACGGUCAUGAUGGAGGAGGAGAGGCGGUUACGCAAGUCCGUGGAGCAGAGGGGCACGUGCGAUUCCGAGCGGGAGGCAUUCGAGCUAAUUCCCGACGACGAGCGGCAGUGCGACUUCUGCAAGACCACGUGCUUCCUGUCGGCGCUCACAUGCUCCUGCAGCCCUACCCGCCUGGUGUGCCUUCAUCACGCCGACGACCUGUGUCGCUGUCCGCCCCAGCGUCAGUGCCUACGGUACCGCUACACCAUGGAGGAGCUGCCCGACAUGCUGGCCAAGCUGAAGGCGCGAGCCGACUGCUUUGACGACUGGGUGUCCCGCGUGAGGGCAGCGCUCCAGCCUGAUGGCGACGACAACAAGAGAGAGCUGGCCGAGCUGAAGGCGUUGGUGUGCGAGUCACGCGAAAAGCGGUUCCGCGACACGGAGCUGCUGCAGCAGCUCUCCGCCGCCAUCCGGGAGGCGGAGAAGUGCGCGGGCGUCGCUCAGCAGCUGCUGACGCGCAAGCCCCGUACCAGGCUGCGUUCGGAAGCAAAGGUGCAGACACAGCUCACCGUGGAGGAGCUGCAGGCUUUCGUCGAUCAGCUGUGCAGUCUUCCGUGCAUCGUCACGCAGGCCAAGCAGGUUAAGGAUCUGCUGAACCGCGUGGAGAAGUUCCGCUCUGAGGCACGGGACGCCCUGGUGGAGCCGAGCCCGGACGCCGACAAGCUCGAGCGCCUCCUGGAGGAGUGCUCGGGCCUCGACGUUGAGCUGUCGGAGGCGCCGCGGCUGCGGCUGGCGCUGCAGCAGGCUCGCUGGCUGGCCCAGGUGCGGCGGGCCCUGUCCGCGCCCGAGCGGCCCACGCUGGGCCAGAUGCGCAAGCUGAUCGACUGCGGCGUGGGGCUGCCACCCCACCCGGCCGUCGAGAGGGCCAUGGCCAGGCUGCAGGAGCUGCUAACCGUCUCCGAGCGCUGGGAAGAGAAGGCUAAGCUCUGCCUGCAGGCUCGACCUCGGCAUUCAUUGGCAACGCUAGAGGCGAUCGUGCAGGAGGCAGAGAACAUCCCUGCUUACCUGCCCAACAUCCUGGCCCUGCAGGACGCCUUGCGACGUGCCAAGGAGUGGUCUGCUCGCGUCCAAGCAAUCCAGGCCGGUGAGCACCUGCCGUACGUGUCGAUGCUGGAGAAGCUGGCGGCGCGGGGCCGGCCCGUCCCCGUGCGGCUGGACUCGCUGGCGCGCAUGGAGGCACAGGUGGCGGGGGCGCUGGCGUGGCGCGACCGCACCGCACGCACCUUCCUCAAGAAGAACUCGGCCUACACACUCCUCGAGGUGCUGAGCCCGCGCGCUGACAUCGGCAUGUACAGCAGCAGCAAGACCAAGCGCAAGAAGCUGAAGGAGAUUGCGUCGGAAAAGGAGAGCAGUGCCUCUGGGCUGGGCGACAGCCUGGACGAUGACAGCGACGAGCCUGUGCACCCCGCUGCCAUCGUCGCCUCGUUCAAGGAGUCCCAGAGGCGUGAGCUGGAGUCGAUGCGGAAGCUCCGAGCCAUCAACCAAGCCAAGCCCAGGCCGGGCUCCGGCGACCUCAUGCCAGGAUCGGCCUCGGUUUCUGGUGGCAGUGGCGGCGGCACGUGCCUGGCCGGCGUGCUCCCCUCGGCCGAGGAGUGCCGCUACUGCGUAUGUCGGCGCGGUGCGCAGGGCUCCAUGCUGCAAUGCCAGCUGUGCCGCGACUGGUUUCACUCGACGUGCGUAGCCCUGCCGCGCCCCGUCAGCCUCAAGAAGGGCCAGGCCGGCGCUACGGGAGGCGGCGGUGGCGGCACGAACAGAGGAAGGGCCGGUGGCGGCGGCUUGGCCACGUCGGUUGCACUGUCCUCGUUGACAGCCGGUGCCGGCUUGUACGGCAGCGGCGCGGGUUUCAUCGGCGGGGGUGUCGGGUCGGGCGUGGCCAGCGGUAGCGCUAACAGCGCGGGUGCCAAGGAGCCGCGCUUCCUGUGCCCGCUGUGCCAGCGCUCGCGCCGUCCACGCCUAGAGACGAUCCUGGCGCUGCUGGUGGCGCUGCAGAAGCUGCCAGUGAGGCUUCCGGAGGGUGAAGCGCUCCAGUGUCUGACAGAGCACGCCAUGGCUUGGCAGGACCGAGCGCGGCAGGCGUUGGCCACUCCGGAGCUCGCGUCGGCGCUCGCCAAGCUCUCCGUGCUGAGUCAGCGACUGGUGGAGCAGGCGGCGCGCGAGAAGACCGAGAAGAUCAUCCACGCGGAGCUGCAGAAGGCCGCCGCAAACCCCGAGCUACAGAGCGUCCAUCACGUGGCGUUCGGAAAGCUGGCCGCGGCGGCCGGCGUCAUGGGGCGCUCGCCGAGAAUGAUGGCCAGGGACGUGGACGACGACGACGACGAAGACGACGACGAUGACGACGACGACGACGAUGAGGACACCGAUUCGGACGAGGAGAGCGCGAGAUACACGGGCCGAUACCAGCCGAGUCAUGGGAAGUCUCCGAGCAACUUCUCCCUGGCCGAGAUGAGGUUGCUGUGCGAAGAAGAGGUCCCCAUGGAGACGGAGGAGUGUUAUCCCCCACAGCAUCACCACCACCAUCACCACCAUCACCACCACCAGUACCACCAGCAGCAGCAGCAGUACCAGCCAUACCACCAUCACCACCACCACCAUCACCACCAGCAACAGCUCCAGCAGCAACAACAGCUGCAGCAGCAACAGUUGCAGCAACAGCAGCUGCAGCAACAACAGCUGCAGCAACAGCGCAUGGUGACUGCGUCGUUUUGUUCGGAGCAUGCCUACUCGUCAGCCUCCAAGUCUAUACACCAGGGCAUGAGCAUGCCCCGGAAGCAGCCCCGCAAGUCGCCGCUGGUGCCGCGCUCGCUGGAUUCGCCCGUGCUGCGCCUGUCGGAGGGGGCUCAGGCGCGGCUGGAGGAGCUGAUCCUGGAGGGUGACCUGCUGGAGGUGAGCAUGGACGAGAGCCUGCACCUCUGGAGGAUUCUGCAGGCCACGCAGAACCCGCCGGGGGACGGCACCGCCCUCGGCCUCUUCCAGACGGUGGGCCGGGAGGGCAAGCCAGUGAAAGCGCGGGCGAGGGACAAGGAUCAGCUGGACAAGAAACGCAAGCGCAAGCUGGAGAAGGGCGAGUUGACGUUCGGCGGCGACGCCGCACCGCGCGACAUCCUCAAAGCCGACAAGCCCAAGAAGAAGAAGCUCAAGGCGGUGGGCGACGGCAAGCGGGACGAGCCCAAAGCGGAGAGGCGCGGCGUCGAGCGGGCCGACAAGAAAGACAAGAAGCGCGCCAAGCAGCGCAAGAUGAAGGAGGGUGCCGGCGCUGCCAAGGAGAGGAAGGCCAAGGCCGGCGGCCGCAAAGCGACGAGUCGAGACGACGACUCGGAUGACGAGUACGCCGUGUGCGCGGCGGAAGACUGCCAGCGGCCCUGCGGAGAUGAGGUGAACUGGGUGCAGUGCGACGGGGGCUGCGACGGCUGGUUCCACCAGGUGUGCGUUGGCGUAUCGACCGAGAUGGCCGAGAAAGAGGACUACAUCUGCUUGCGCUGCACACGCAGGAGACCCAUUCACGCAGCGCAGAGCACGGGCUAGCCCUGACCCCACCUCCCCCCCCAGCAGCACCAGUGUUUGGGCACCCCCCACCGACACACACAGCUCGCUCCCGAUCGCUCUUUUCGCUCACUCGCAUGGCCAGCACGUGUUCCCCCAACUCUGACGCCUUCAAGCUCCCAGGACGAACAAAAACGGGGGGCCCGUGUUGACGUUGCGGAAAAAGCAAGCGGCUCUUGGUCUUCCGGAAGGACGUGUGUGUACAUUGGGGGUGCACCUUGGAAUGUAGGAGGAGGAAGCUGGCCCUUGUCUCUGUGAAGUACACUUUUAAGCAAGGCACAAUGGCAUUUUGAGUAUAGGCCAAAUUGAAAUGACUGAAAGGAUGGCCUUCAAGGUGAAGGGGGAUUGAUGGCAGUUUGCUUGUUCCUUGAGUGUUCUUUAUAGGUUAAUGUGUAGGAGGUGGCAACGCUGAGUUGGGUAGGUUAGAUUUGUCUGUACAUUGAAGUGUAAAAAGAAGACACAGAAAUCUUGCAACAGAGCUCAAUGGACCGGAUGGGCAUGAUCAUCAUUUUUUCAAGAUUUAACCUUCAAGUCCAGCACAAGGGGGGUUGGUGGGACCCUCCCUCACCCCACACCCAUCCCCCCCCUCCCCCCUGUUGGCCCUGUGGACCUCGGUUAUUAAUUUUCACAAUGCUGAAGUAUUUUUUUAAAAUUGUUAAUAACAGUGUUCACGUGGAAAUGCAGCAAAGCCACGGGGAUGUUCUCAGUCGCCGGACUUUGGGAUGAGACUGACCACACUUUUGUCAAAGAGCAUUUGAUUUGUUAAUAAAUACAAAAAAAUGUCGGUCAACAAAACACCUUGUUGAGCAAGGGAAAAGGGGAUUUUUUUUUCCCUCAUUUCCUGAAAAGUCUGUUUAAAAUAAGUGUUAACUUUUUUAAAAGCUUGUAUAUUUAGCUACAGAAUCUUCCUGCACAUGUUACGUUGUCAGAUUUAACUUUCCUUAUUUUUGUGUUUCCCUCAACCCCCCCCCCCCCCCGUUUCUUUUCUCUCGCUCCGUGUGUGUUCUAUUUUGUUUCAUGUUUUUUGGCAGUUAAAUUUAUCCGAUGUCAAAUUUAAUUUAUACAAAUGUUAGCAUAUUCUCUUCGACGACUUUGGGUUUUGCGACCUCCCCGUUUUUUUCAGCGGCGUGUAUAUAGUCGUUUUUGAGGCGCGUGCCCCAUCCUAACCCCCCCCACCCCUCCAGACCGUCUCCAUUGUGGAAUCACUUUAUUUCCGUGCAAGCUUUGUCUUUAGAGUAAAAAAAAUGUGUGCAGAACGGACUCGCUGUUAGUUUUAUGCUCGAGUAAAGCGGUAGGAAAUAAACGUGUUAGACGGUUAACGCUGAAAAUUGUCCCUUUGACUCGCGCGUUGUCUGUCGUUACCAGUAUGAGGACGGAGUUAACUUUGCGCUUGAGUUGUGUUAAUUUUGUUGCUCGUAAACAUUUAUCAAAACAUCCGAUUUACCACGCAGGGCUGUGUGAUAUCUGUAACUUUCCCCAAGCCCCACCCAGUUAGCAUCAUGUUUGUUCAUACAUUCAUUUGGAUGUAACGUUUUGUGACGCUGGCUGAAAAAGUUUAAAGAGCCACUUUUCAACAAAAUUGCCUUUCGU